AUGCCUAAUAAAAGGAAUAAUUUAUUUCAUUCAGGGCCAUGGCUCCCAGCCCUCCCAGUCUCGCUGCACCCCAACGUGAGUUUUCCUGUGGGCAUCGGCACCAGCGGCGCCCCCCUAUCCCUGACCCACUCCCUGGCCCUGGUUGCCAUGCUCCUCAUGGACCUCCUGGCCGUCGUUGGCAACCUAGCCGUCAUGGCUGUCAUCACCAAGACGCUGCAGCUGAGGAAGUUCGCCUUCGUGUUCCAUCUGUGUCUGGUUGACCUGCUGGCGGCUCUGGUUCUGAUGCCUCUGGGGAUGCUGUCGGACCGGAUCUUGGUGCAUGAUGAGGCACUCUGUCAGAGCUACCUCUGCCUGAGUGUAGGGCUGGUCAGUGCCGCCAUUUUGUCUAUCUCAGCCAUCAACGUGGAGAGGUAUUACUACAUCGUCCACCCGAUGCGCCACGAGGUGAAAAUGACAGUAGGGGUGGUUGUGGCAGUGUUAGUCGGUAUCUGGGUCAAAGCUAUUGUGAUGUCAGCUCUGCCUCUACUGGGUUGGGUGCCCCAGGGAAACCAGGGGGUAGGUGUCGGACUUGGAAGAGGACUAGGGAGUCCCGUGAUCCCGGGUCCUCCAAGCCAGAGACGUUGCUCCCUACACUGGACUGGAGGAGGAGGGACCACACGAUUAAUCUUCAUGGUCUUCUUCACCUUUGUCUACUUCCUGUGUACAGUACUGAUCAUCCUGAUUGUGUACUGUAACAUGUUUAAAGUAGCCCGGGUGGCAUCCAUGCAGCAUGGCCCCUUACCUAUGUUGAUGGACACACCUGGGCCCCGCCCUCACCACUCCGAGUCCCUCAGCAGCCACUCCACCAUGGCUGUCAGCUUGGGGGGCCCUGGGGGCUCGUGUCCUCCACUCCGCACCCCCAGUCAGAGGACCUUCAAUGGGGGUAAAGCCGCAGCAGUCCUGGUGGCGGUUGGAGGCCAGUUCCUAUGCUGCUGGCUGCCUUACUUCUCCUUCCACCUGUACGCCGCCCUGGUCUCUACCCCCCAGGCUUCCCUGGCUUCGGCCCAGCUGGAAGAAGUUGUGACCUGGAUCGGUUACUUCUGCUUCACCUCUAACCCUUUCUUCUAUGGCUGUCUGAAUCGGCAGAUCCGAACAGAGCUGGGCCGAAGCAUGGCCUGUCUCUUUAAGCGGGCGGGGCCGGGCGAUGGGCAUCAGCUGGCCAGCCGAGAGGCCUCUAUCGAGGAGAACUUCCUCCAGUUCCUCCAGGGGACAGGGUGCAAUCUGGAACCCUCCACCCAGGCACACAGCAGGGCCAGCAGGACCGAGGAGGAGGCGGGGGAGAGGGGCAGUCUUCGAGAUGUACCUCGUCAGGACAACACGCUGGUCCAGGAACACACGCCUGUUGACUUCCACAUCCCUGGACAGAUUAUCGAGAAGACCUCGGAGUUCUUGGAGCAACAGGAUCUGAAUCUGAACGAUGACAUCAACCUAGCGAAAAACUGCUGCAGAGUAAACAGGACGGUGCUGGACAGUGCCUGA